UUAGUCACUGGCCAGCUGGACGUUGGCUGAGUGAGCUGGCAGGUUUGACAGCUGGAAGCAGAGAGUUGAAAAAACUCCUCCAGAGGAAUUUGCUUUAAAAAAAACCCAGAGUACUUCUGCAGCCGCGGAAACCAAACCAAACCAACAUGCUGUCCUACAUCAUCGGUCUGAUCCGGGGCGGCUUUGACAGCAUCGUCAACCUCAUCUUCAGACUGUUCUUCUCCAAGAAGAGGCCUGCCAUCACCUUAGAGGACCCUAGCAUUAAAUAUGCCCUACGGCUAAUAGACAAACAGAUUGUCAGCCAUGACACGCGGAAGUUCCGCUUUGCCCUGCCCUCCCCAGAACAUAUCCUUGGCCUCCCCAUCGGGCAGCACAUCUAUCUGUCAGCAAAAGUUGAUGGAAAGCUGGUGGUUCGUCCAUACACUCCUGUGUCCAGUGAUGACGAUAAAGGCUAUGUGGACUUGGUGGUGAAGAUUUACUUCAAGAAUGUCCACCCCAAAUUCCCCGAAGGUGGGAAGAUGAGUCAGUAUCUGGAGAGCCUAAAGCUAAAUGAUACGAUCGACUUCCGUGGACCCAGUGGUCUGCUUGUUUACAAGGGAAAGGGCGCAUUUGCCAUCCAGUCAGAUAAAAAGGCACCACCUGAAAUCAGGAAAGUCAAAGAUGUGGGCAUGAUUGCUGGAGGAACAGGUAUCACUCCCAUGCUUCAAGUCAUCACUGCCAUGAUGAAAGAUCCUCAGGACCCAACAGUGUGCCACCUGCUUUUUGCCAACCAGACAGAGAAAGAUAUCUUAUUGCGACCAGAGUUGGAGGAGAUCAUGGUCAACCACCCCGACCGCUUCAAGCUGUGGUUCACCCUGGACAAAGCACCUGAAGACUGGGACUACAGCCAAGGCUUCAUCAGCGACGAUAUGAUCAGGGACCACCUGCCUCCACCUGAUGGUGACACCCUCAUCCUUAUGUGUGGACCACCUCCUAUGAUCCAGUAUGCCUGCAACCCCAAUCUGGAUAAAGUUGGUCAUUCUGAAAGUCAGAGAUUCAGCUUCUAGAAGUCCUUACAUGCCAAAGGAUCAGGCUUCGGGGUAGUUAUAAAGAUACCCCUGUGGCUCAGUUAUUGUCUUUACCCCUAAAGCAUCUAAGCACUCUCAUAGCUGCAAGGGAGCAUUGCACUAUAUAUUUGUCAUGAUGGUGAUCAUGCAACAGAAUCACAGUGUGGACCAUUUAACGUCACAAGCAGGUGAGUAAGUACACUAUCAGUGAAUGUGGAAGCAUUAUUUGGAAUUGAAAAUGGAAUAAACCUGUUAAUAAUGAACAUCUGUAGUGUUUUUCCAACUGUCGGUGUGUUGAGGAGUAUAUAUUUUUGAGAUUGGGUAGGAUACAUGACAUUUGACUGUUCAUGUGAACGUGAGUAAGCAAUUAUGAGCCGUCAUAAAAUCUAUCAUCCUACCGUGAACCAUAAUUUUGGUUCUUUUUCCCCCAUUCAAUAUUUGAAGGAAUGAUGUUUACCUUUGGCUUUUUUCAGAGUGCCUUAACACAUGCAAAGCUUUGGUUAAGCAACACCUGUUUUUAUGCACGUUUUAAGAGUUAUGGUCACCCGCUCCAUUUAUACAAUGUCAUGCAAAAAAUGUUAUAGUUUUCUGAGAAUGUGUUGUAGCUGUACACUGACAUGGCAUAUUAUGUCAUUUUUGCUAAAACCUGUUUUAUGAGGGAGUUUGUUGAACUUGGCAUUGUUACUGAUUUUUGUGGUAAAUGUUUGCCAGCCAUUAUACAAGUCGGGCAUCAUUGGCUAAUUGUGUGUAUUUAUGCAACAUAAAAAUGUCAAAUUAAAGAUCUGUAUCAGUGUCAUGAAUUCUUUUUGCGUGUGUUUAUAGCAAUCGCACAUUAAAACUGAAUAGCAA